UUUUACGUCACUUGUGUGGGCGGGACCGCAGGGGGUUGUCCGCCCGCGGCACGCUUUGGAGCCGCAGCCUCCUUGCGCCGGGUCCCGCGGUCGCAUCUCGUGCCGCCUCCUGCGAGUCUUCGCCUGAGCAGCUUGCUUCGUGGGUCGGCCCUCCGACACACGAGCUCCAAGCCGCCUCUCUCUUUCCCUAAAGCCCUUCAAGGCGGUCUUCGAUUUCCUUCUUUCCAGCCGACCCGCUUCAGCCCAGCGAAGAUGGUGGACCGCGAGCAACUGGUGCAGAAAGCCCGGCUGGCCGAGCAGGCGGAGCGCUACGACGAUAUGGCUGCGGCCAUGAAGAACGUGACAGAGCUGAAUGAACCGCUGUCCAACGAGGAGCGGAACCUCCUGUCAGUGGCCUACAAGAACGUGGUGGGGGCUCGCCGCUCCUCCUGGAGGGUCAUCAGCAGCAUCGAGCAGAAGACCUCCGCGGACGGCAAUGAGAAGAAGAUAGAGAUGGUCCGCGCCUACCGGGAGAAGAUCGAGAAGGAGCUGGAGGCCGUGUGCCAGGAUGUGCUGAGCCUGCUGGACAACUACCUGAUCAAGAAUUGCAGCGAGACCCAGUAUGAGAGCAAGGUGUUCUACCUGAAGAUGAAAGGGGACUAUUACCGCUACCUGGCUGAAGUGGCCACUGGGGAGAAAAGGGCGACCGUGGUGGAGUCAUCUGAGAAGGCCUACAGCGAAGCCCACGAGAUCAGCAAGGAGCACAUGCAGCCCACCCACCCCAUCCGGCUGGGCCUGGCGCUUAACUACUCCGUUUUCUACUACGAGAUCCAGAAUGCCCCGGAGCAGGCGUGCCACCUGGCCAAGACCGCCUUCGAUGAUGCCAUCGCCGAGCUCGACACUCUGAACGAGGACUCCUACAAGGACUCCACUCUGAUCAUGCAGCUGCUCCGAGACAACCUAACGCUCUGGACGAGCGACCAGCAAGAUGACGACGGCGGCGAAGGCAACAAUUAAGGCCCAGGUGGACUGGCAGCGCACGCUGAUGCUACUACUGCAGUCUUUAUUUUUUUCCCAUGAGUUGGGGGUCGGGUGGGGGAGGGGAAAGGGAGGGCUGACCUUCCCAGGGAGAAACCCACGACUGUCCUGUCUUUGAUCGCCUCUUUGACAUUUUUGCCAAAAUACCACUAGUGGAAAGUCAGGCUUGCUGUGCUGGUAUCGGAGUAGCAGCCUCACACGGGCACCCGGACUGUCGUGCAGGUUCGUGCAAGUGGAGCUGUCUGCCUUUAGUUUAACUUAUUGCUAGACGGUAGGGUUUUAAGAUGAGAAGAGAAACCAGAGACGGAUGGCCCUCAUUCAGUGUGUUCUGUGGUUCCAGGAAGGAUUCUUACGUCCAUACGCUCUCCUCUUCAGCUUGGCUGUUUUCUCUCUGUUGUGGCUGUGCUGGGUUUUUGUUUUGUUUUGUUUCCCCUUUCCCCAGGGUGAUCUCUACCAGAGAAAGCAUAGUUUAAAUUGCCCAAGUGGACAGGCUUAUUGUGGAAAACACAAGCUUUACUGACGGGUCAGGCCUGGCCCCGAGUCUGAAGUCUGAUAGGUUAACAGUAUUAACACUAAAUUCUAGUUUACAGUAUUUCUACAUGACAGCCAUACACGACAUCAAGCCAUUGGUUCUGGGUUUUUCUUUGUCAGCUCAGCUUUGCAUCCGUAUUCCACUGUAUCCAGGUUGGUCUGACGGUUCCUCGGCUCCUUCAUGCUGAGAAUCAGAACUUCCUCUUGGGUGUGGUUAAUGGGUGCUUGGCAGGUGACUGGCCGUGGAUACCUUUCUUUCUUUUUUUUUUUUUUUAAACUCUUUAAGUUAAACCCAUCACAAACAGAAACUGUUAAGCAGCACACACAGAGAAGAUGGAGAAGAAUCAGGUCUGUAUGUCGUUUCUCAUGUUGGUAUUUUCAGAGACUCCGCUCUGCAGCAGCCGGGGCUCCUUCCUCAGUCACUGCCUGUCUUGGUUUCUCAGCACUGAGUCUCCCCCGCGCCUUGUGCUGGCAGCGGGCAGGUGUCUCGAGGCCACUGGAUUAGAGUGUAGGGCUGGGUGAUCAUCAAGAAAGAGGAGCGUCAGGUGCAAACAGCUGAGCCAGCAGGAAACCCACUGGGAAGAGACAGCUUCACUCAAGCCUGUCCAGGGUGGGAGCCCGGUCCCCAGGUCAGUUGUCCUUGUCCCCUUCCCACGGCCCAGCACUCCUUCUCCAAGUGCUUGGUGAAGGGUAGCUGAUGCUCUCACCGGGGGCAGUGCUCACCAGGGGCAGUGCUCAGCGGCUGUCUGAUCUGAGCUUUCCUGUUUUCCUUUUGAAUGAAAGCAUAGAUGCUGGAGAUGGGCUUCUCAAUCGUGAGGUCACUAUACAUGUGACAUUGACGGAAGCUGUGCUGCUAUGUCCUACUUGGUCCGUCUCCCUUAGAGUCCUAGGUCCCUCAUUCUCACUGUGGAUAAGUUACCCCAAAACAUGCCUUGUUGCAUGGGGAGUGUGCAGUUUGUCUUCUAAAGGAUCCAUGGUCGCGUGGAUUCCCAAGAUGGGCAGCACCCCAGACUUGGUUUCCUCAUGUUCAAAGACCUGGCAGCCACCUUUUCUCAUACCAAAACCAAGCUUCCACUUACGAAGUGAGUGCCCUCUGCACAGCCCUAGCAUGCCUUUCCUCAGAGGCCCCUCCUUUGUUAGUGCGCAAGGACCCACUAACCGAGGCCCACGGAAGAACGGCUGGAGGAAGCUUGGCCGCCAGAGCCGCCAUGGACAGAGGGGCCAGUGGGACUUUACCUAGUCUGUUUCUGUCCGCAGUGAGCAUGUCCUUGUCCCGCCUGUGGUGUUUGGAAAUGACCUACUGGAAUUGCAAAACCUAGUUUCUCUUUCAGUGUCAGCCUUGACCCUGGCUGCGUUCUAGAAAAAUCAUGUGAGGGUAGAACUGAAGAGGGAAGAGCGGGACCUGAUGUUUGAGCUUGGAUGGUUUCUUCUCCUCUCCGUUACUGUUGAGAAGCGCACCUGCCUCUGACGCUGUCUCCAGUGCCGCGGUUGCUCUCCGUCCUCUUGAUACAGUAUUUGUGCAUGCUGGUGUUGCAUUCCUAUGCGGUAGCUUGACAUUUAUUAACUUAUACUGUAGGUGUUAUGUAUUCCUAUGACAAAAAAACUAAGACUUCAAAAUUUUUUAAACUUUUUUUUUAAUUUAAUUUUUUUUCCUUUCAGGGUAAAGUUUGCUUUACCACAAUAGUGAUUGUAACAAAUUGAUCUGUUUUGGAUGUUGCUAUAGUGACAUGCAGUUCUAUAUUUUGUUUUUCGGGGGGAGGGAACUAAAGAAACACCAGUGUUAGCUUACUCUUAAUGUCUGGUGUUUGUCAUGGUGAAAUCCUAACUAUUGCAGUGCAGGAGAACGCCGCGGACGCUCUCCGAUUGCCCGUGCUUUCUCGUCAUGUAUGCAGUGAACUACUUUAAGGUCUAAUCAAGUGAUUUUCCCCCCAACUCCGUGUUUCGCUAAGGAAUUAUUUCGCACACGGACCAUUCUUAGCAGUUUUCCUCAGUGAUGGAAUAUUCAUGAAUGUGAGUCACUGUGUAGCCGUCGUACAUUGAGCAAAAUAAACGUGCAGAUCCUGA